GAAGAAAACUUUGUUAAUAAUAUGAAUACAACAUCACUACAAGUCAUUGAAUCCACUAAAAGUGAAAAAUUUCAGAGAGUGUACGAUGACAAACAGAAACAAAAACAGGAGUUUCAAUACUUAACUGAAUGCGAAGAUAGAAAAACUGAGGAUGAUAGAUCUUUAUCCGAAGACGAAUCCAUUGAAGAAUACAAAAAAGAAACUACAAGCCGCAUGGACAUUUUUUGGCAUUUUCUUCGCAAGUUUCCGUCUGUGGUGUCCGUGUUUGAAACGAAAAAAGUAAAGUGGUCGAAAUUUAAUAAGGAGAAACUGCGAAGAGGACCAAUUAUCUUCUUUUUUUUCGCUUCUUAUUCGUUGAAUAUUAUGAAAAUUUCUCCUUAUUAAGUUAGUGUGUGAGAAGAAAUGAAUUGUAUCAGUUACGCUGUUAAAUAAGAAUUUAUUACAAAUUUGCUUGGUGCAUUGAAAAAAGAAAUGAUUUGAAAAACCAUCGACGAAAUCGUGUUUAUAAAAGCAUGUUAUCUUUUCAACAAGAAUUUCGUCACAGGAGAGUUCCGACGUUUUCAUAAAUCUGCACGCAACCCGCAGUUCAUUUUGGAAGCGAUCGAAUGCUUUUAAAGUUUUGUCGACAGAUUUUCUGUGGACUUAUAAUAAUUGUUAUAACCGUAAAAGCGUAACUUGUGGAAGUGCUUGGCCUUUUUUCAAUCUCUUAAAGACAUUUUUAUAUUUCUUCUGGAACGAUCGAGUUGAUCCGCGUGUUGUUUAAAUUUAAGAAAAUUAGCUUAAAAGAAAAAAAUUUUUAAAAUUAUCUUCGUGUGAUGUUUUGUGUUAUAAAUUGUUUGUGCUUUAACUUAUUUAGGCCGAAUUGUUAAAUUUAUUGAACGUAUUAAAAUCGU